AUGAAACUCAGGACAAGUGACAACCUAGCAUGGCCAAUUCUACAAACAUACAUGACGACGUGUCAGGAAUUAUGGUCUGGUCGUCCGGCGGGAGCAACUUUUUAUGUCGGUUUUAUUGAUACAGGUCCUCCAAAAGAUAUUAAAAAUGCAAAAAAUGUGCUGUUUCUAUUGAAUGAACACAGCAUUGAUGAUGACAACGUUUUGGAAAGCUUGCAAAACAAUGUCUUUAUGCCACUACAUAACGAAAAUUGCAGGGUUUUUAUGCCUUGUUUGGUGGGAUCCAAAUACACUGAAGGUGUUUCUCCGGCAGAUGAUAACUUCUUUGAUUACCAGCUAUUGGGAGAAAGGUCAAGAUUUGUACUGGACUUCCUGGCCAACAGAAGAAUUAAAAUGGUUGAUAUGAUUGUUGGGCACAGCAUGGCAUGUUUCUCAGCUCUUACUUUAGCCUCCAAUUGUGAGUCAUUCCAGAGACUUGCUCUCAUUUCUCCUCUUCCUGGUUUCAAACCACCAAGUUGGAUCCAGCCAUUGAAAAGAAGCAUAAUGAUGAUUAACAGUUACAACCACCUGUUACUGUGGCCACUGGGCAGAUUGUUGAUAGAAAGAUCAAGAAGGAAGAUGAAAGGGCUGAUGGGUGACCAUAGCACCAAGGAACAAAUUCUACACAUGGCUAAGGUCUCACAUGGGAUCAACUUCAAUGUGAUGGGUAACAUCGUGACGUCACUUGCUUUCCGGAAAAUUCCAUUCCUUUCCAUUUCAAGUAGGAACGAUGUACUAGUCGAUAAGGGAGACCUUGACAAAUAUCUGGAGACGUUGGGUGUAUAUAAUGACAACACUGUAAAAUAUGACCAGACACUGUCGUCAUUUCCAUCGUCGCUGGCGUCACAGUCAUUGUCAAGAGGAGUCCAACUUGAAAGCGCCACACAUUAUCCAUUCUUGGACAACGACUUUUCAAAAAUUAUUGUAGCAGAACUAUUAAAUUUAUUAAAAAAUCCAACCUAA